CCGCAGGGUUGGAUCGCUCGGGGCUUGCGCUGGAGCUGAGCACGGCAGAGGCCAGUCCCAGGUCUCCAGGCAUCAGGGUUACAGCCCGAGUCUCAAGGCGGGCGGCGGGGGACAGUGGGCGGCCAGACAGAGUGGCUUGCUGCCUGCUGCUUGGUUUGCUGUGUUCUGUGUCACCGAUGGCUGCUAGUUUCCCUCAGGAAAUCUUGGUGGCUGAGCAAAUUUGUGACCCAGGAAGUGUCAGCUAAGUGCCUGGGAUGCUGACUAAAGGCUGCUGUUUGCUCUGAGGUUCUUAAGCAGCCCCUCCCACCAUGGACCCUGACCCCCAGGCGGGUGUGCAGGUGGGCAUGCGAGUGGUGCGUGGAGUGGACUGGAAGUGGGGCCAGCAGGAUGGCGGCGAGGGCGGCGUGGGCACAGUGGUGGAGCUCGGCCGCCAUGGCAGCCCCUCGACCCCAGACCGCACAGUUGUCGUGCAGUGGGACCAGGGCACGCGCACCAACUACCGCGCCGGCUACCAGGGUGCCCACGACCUGCUGCUCUACGACAACGCGCAGAUUGGCGUCCGCCACCCCAACAUCAUCUGCGACUGCUGCAAGAAGCACGGGCUUCGGGGCAUGCGCUGGAAGUGCCGCGUCUGCUUCGACUACGACCUCUGCACGCAGUGCUACAUGCACAACAAGCACGACCUGGCCCACGCCUUUGAGCGCUACGAGACUGCCCACUCGCGCCCUGUCACCCUGAGUCCCCGCCAGGGUCUCCCUAGGAUCCCACUAAGGGGCAUCUUCCAGGGUGCAAAGGUGGUGCGAGGCCCCGACUGGGAGUGGGGCUCACAGGAUGGAGGAGAAGGGAAGCAAGGUCGCGUGGUGGACAUCCGUGGCUGGGAUGUGGAGACGGGCCGGAGCGUGGCCAGCGUGACGUGGGCAGAUGGAACUACCAAUGUGUACCGUGUGGGCCACAAGGGCAAGGUGGACCUCAAGUGUGUAGGCGAGGCAGCUGGUGGCUUCUACUACAAGGAGCACCUCCCCAGGCUGGGCAAGCCAGCAGAGCUGCAGCGCAGGGUGAGUGCCGACGGCCAGCCCUUCCAGCGUGGGGACAAGGUCAAGUGUCUGUUGGACAUAGACGUCCUGAGGGACAUGGAGGAAGGCCAUGGCGGCUGGAACCCCAGGAUGGCAGAGUUUAUCGGACAGACGGGCACCGUGCACCGUAUCACCGACCGUGGGGACGUGCGUGUGCAGUUCAACCACGAGACCCGCUGGACCUUCCACCCGGGGGCUCUCACCAAGCACAACUCCUUCUGGGUGGGCGACGUGGUCCGUGUCAUCGAUGACCUCGACGCUGUGAAGCGACUGCAGGCUGGGCACGGCGAGUGGACAGACGACAUGGCCCCCGCCCUGGGCAGAGUCGGGAAAGUGGUAAAGGUGUUUGGAGAUGGGAACCUGCGUGUGGCAGUCGGUGGGCAGCGGUGGACCUUCAGUCCUUCCUGCCUGGUGGCCUACCGGCCAGAGGAGGACACGAAUCUGGACGUGGCUGAGCGUGCCCGGGAGAACAAAAGUUCACUGAGUGUGGCCCUGGACAAGCUGCGGGCUCAAAAGAGUGACCCUGAGCACCCAGGGAGGCUGGUGGUGGAGGCGGCGCUGGGCAAUGUGGCCCGGGCUCUGGACCUGCUGCGGAGGCACCCAGAACAGGUGGACACCAAGAACCAGGGUAGGACUGCCCUGCAGGUGGCUGCGUACCUGGGCCAGGUGGAGCUAGUGCGACUGCUGUUGCAAGCACGGGCAGGCGUGGACCUGCCGGACGAUGAGGGCCACACUGCACUGCACUACGCAGCCCUGGGGAACCAACCUGAGGCUGCCCGGAUGCUCCUGAGCGCAGGCUGCGGUGCAGAUGCCCUCGAUGGCACGCGGAGCACAGCGCUGCACUUGGCUGUGCAGAGGGGCUUCCUGGAGGUGGUGGUGAGCCUGUGUGAGCGUGGCUGUGACGUCAACCUUCCUGAUGGCCAUGCCAACACGCCCCUGCACUCCGCCAUCUCUGCGGGGGCCGGCGCCAAUGGCAUCGUCGAGGUCCUCACCGAGGUUCCCAGCAUCAACGUGGCUGCUGCCGACAGCCAGGGCUUCACACUCCUGCACCAUGCAUCCCUGAAGGGCCACGCACUAGCUGUCAGGAGGAUUCUGGCGCGGGCCCGGCAGCUGGUGGACGCCAAGAAGGAGGAUGGCUUCACUGCACUGCACCUGGCUGCCCUCAACAACCACCGAGAGGUGGCUCAGAUCCUCAUCCAGGAAGGCUGUGAUGUGAACGUGCGCAACCGGAAGCUGCAGUCCCCGCUGCAUCUGGCCGUGCAGCAAGCCCACGUGGGGCUGGUGCCUCUGCUGGUGGACGCUGGUUGCAGCAUUGACACCGAGGAUGAGGAGGGGGACACAGCUCUGCAUGUGGCAUUGCAGCGCCAUCAGCUGCUACCCCUGGUGGCUGACAGGGCUGGGGGGGACCCAGGGCCCUUGCAGCUGCUGUCCAGGCUACAGGCCUCGGGCCUUCCAGGCAGUUCGGAACUGACGGUGGGUGCUGCCGUGGCAUGUUUUCUGGCACUGGAGGGUGCUGAUGUGACUUACUCCAACCAUCGUGGCCGGAGCCCUCUGGACCUGGCCACAGAGAGCCGCGUGCUCAAAGCUCUGCAGGGCUGCGCCCAGCGCUUCCGGGAGCGACAGGCCAGCGGCGGUGGAGGCGCGGCCUCGGGCCCGAGGCACGUGCUCAGCACUCCCAACACCGUGACGAACCUGCACGUGGCCGCCGCGACGGGGCCCGAGGCUGCUGAGUGCCUGGUGUGCUCCGAGUUGGCGCUACUGGUUCUCUUCUCUCCGUGCCAGCAUCGCACUGUGUGCGAGGAGUGCGCGCGCCGGAUGAAGAAGUGCAUCAGGUGCCAGGUGGUCAUCAACAAGAAGCUGCGUCCAGACGGCUCCGAGGUGGCAAGUGCCACCCCGGCGCCUGGUCCGCCGCGGCAGCUGGUGGAGGAGCUUCAGAGCCGCUACCGGCAGAUGGAGGAGCGCAUCACCUGCCCGAUCUGCAUCGACAGCCACAUCCGCCUGGUGUUCCAGUGCGGCCACGGCGCGUGCGCGCCCUGCGGCGCCGCGCUCAGCGCCUGCCCCAUCUGCCGCCAGCCCAUCCGCGACCGCAUCCAGAUCUUCGUGUGAACGCGCAGCCCUCCGGGACUGCCUCGCGCCCCUGUAUUUUAUAAAAAGAUUCUCGGAC